UCUUCGUGACGAGAAUAUAAAGCACUUUCUCGCUUCAAGCCACAGUUUAUUAAAAAAAGAAGUACUUUGGCUCGUCAUAAUGGGGUCUGAAGUUGAUUGUUCCGGAGUAUCGAGAGCAGUUUGGCUUGUGAAGGUACCAAAAUAUCUGUCUAACAUUUGGAUGGACAACACUGAUGCUUCUGGAAUCGUGGGAAGUCUUCAGAUAAGCAACAAUCCUCAGAGAAAUGAGGUGGCAUUUAAUCUGUCAGAUGCAUUGGCAAAUAAGGAAGACAACUCCAACAAAGAUGGCCAAGACAGUACAAAUAAAGACGGAAUAGGCAGCUUCAAGGUUCCCAGGGAGUACAAGAUGGUUUUAUCUAAAGUCGAACAGUCAAUGGGAGUGUUUUCAGAAGGACCAGGAGCCUCAGUGGAAGAUGAUGAAGAAGAAAAAAAACCUAAAAAAAGUCAGGUCACUAUUGAAGGAGUACUUGUACAGAAAGCUGACUGUCGGCCAAUUCAGCCUAGUGCUGACUACCUGAGUUUGAAAAAGAGGACAAUUGUUAAUAAAAGUAAAUCAGGACGGCAAGCCAUACAGGUUGACCGUGUUAUUAAAUAUCGUCCAGUGUCUGACCACAAGGCUAAUAUUGAACACGAAAAGAAAAAGAAAGAAGAAGGAAAGAGAGCUCGAGAAGAUGAAGAUGUUGUCAAAGCGUUGCUUUUCAAUGCAUUUGAAAGACAUCAAUACUAUAACUUGAAGGACCUCAUAACUAUCACAAAACAACCAGUGGCAUAUCUAAAGAGUAUAUUGAAAGAGAUUGGACAUUAUAACACGAAAAAUCCUCACAAAAAUAUGUGGGAGUUAAAGCCUGAGUACAGACAUUACAGCAACAAGAACAGCGAUGAUAAUGGAAAGGAAGGAACAAGUUCGUAAACAAAUUUAGCCAUUUAGACUCACGUGCAAGCGACAAGAGGUGAGGGCCCCAACAGCGUAGAUGCAACGGGAUCUGAAAAAAGCUCAAGAGACAUCUGAAGUAUGGGUAGUUGUUUUCCGUUGCAGGCCUCGUCUACGCAGUGUUUAUAUUUUAAAAGGGAACACAAGUUUUCCGUUUUCACAGGAAAACGGAUUUUUAAAACGUUAUUGUCAACUCUUCAGUGAGCCCACCGGCGGCUCGAACGCUUGAAUGUACCUUCGAGCAUGCCCACAACGAUCAUCUAAUUCUCCCGGGAAUCAUUACAAAGAGCAGGGACUUUCGUAAUUUCAGAACGUGCCGUUUUCAGUGGAUAAUUUGUCCAGUUUAGUCUAGGCAAUACGGCCAACCGAAUAAAAAUAAAGGUGUGUUUUCAGAUGUUUUAAUUGCAGCGGACUUCAACGACAUCGUAUCCAAUAGAAGAAAGAGGGAAAGUUUCUGUGGUGCUGUGUCGGUGGGGGGGUUUAUUUAAUUUUAUUAAGUGACUUGAUAAUUAAAACUGGCCAAGAGUUGGUAAAGAGUUUCUAAAGCUGAAGUUUUGAGCGAUUUCUGCUCGUCAGAGUGAAUGAUUGCAUCCAUAGAUUCACUUUGCGAAUAUCUCCCAUUAUAUUUUAGACAGCCUUAUAAUCAGUGCCUCUUGAGCGCACGUCUAGUUGACUCGCUUUCUCGCCUAAAAUGUUGCUUUACCUUCUAGAAAGCGUUUGACAAAUGACUCUCGAUUCUGAUCCACGUUGAUGAAGGAUUCUCAAUGCCUUGUUGUUUUGAUAUUGUGUUACAACUGUGUACAAAUUAUGUACACUGCGAAUUGUGGAUCACUUUGCUAAGAUAGUCAAACUCUUACAAGGAAACAAAGUUCGAAUUACAAUGACCACAAUUGGUGAAAAAGGUUAAAAUAUUUUAAAUCAAUUACCUUGACUUCAUUGUAAAGUGUCUAAUGACACAAAUUAUCGAUAAAUUCACAGUUUUACACAGCUUUAGUUAGUACUACUUUUAAAUAUACGACUUAACUACUAGAACAACAGUAACGGACUCCUCUAUUGUCUGUCUCAUUUCAUCUUUCAGCAGUAAAUCUA